AUGGCUUCCACCGCGAAACUCGACAUCCGGCCAUCCGCCGAAGAGGCCCGCUCUGUUUUUGAGCAGGCCCGCCAAGCCAGUCCACGGCCAACCCUCCUUCCCGUUUGCUACUCAGUUCCCUCGGACCUGUUGACGCCAUCUGCCAUCUACCUCAAGCUCUCCAACGGUGCCACCGCUGAGUAUUCAUUCCUUCUCGAGAGCGCCACCGGUAGCACUGGGACGAUUGGCCGUUAUAGUUUUAUCGGUGCCAAUCCCAGAAAAGUGCUGGCCACCGGCCCCGGAUAUGAAGAUGUCGGCGACCCCCUCCGUGCUCUUGAGAGUACUCUCGGUCAGGAUCGUGUUCUCAGCAUCCCAUCACUGAGACUCCCCAGUCUGACCGGAGGUGCUGUCGGGUACUUGUCCUAUGACUGCAUCAGGUACUUUGAGCCCAAGACGGCCAGAGCUCUCAAGGACAACCUACAGAUCCCCGAGGCGCUCUUUAUGCUUUUUGACACCAUCGUCGCCUUUGACCACUUUUACCAGACCGUUACCAUUGUGACUCACAUGAGACUACCGGAAACCGUCGGGGAUGAGUUCCAAGCUGCCUACGACGAGGCCGCUGCCACAAUCAAGUCCACUCUGGAACUUAUUCAACAGAACGAGAUUCCUCUUCCACCCGCGACACCCAGCAAGCCGGCCUCGGAGCAGCAAUAUUCAUCAAACGUUGGCCGUCAUGGCUAUGAGACCUUUGUCACUGAGCUCAAAAAGCACAUCAUCAAAGGCGACAUCAUUCAGGCUGUCCCAUCACAACGCUUUUCCCGAAGCACCAGCCUGCAUCCAUUCAACAUCUAUCGCACAUUGCGGUCCCUGAACCCAUCCCCAUACCUCUUCUUCCUGUCUUGCUCCGACUUCCACAUUAUCGGCGCUUCACCAGAAUGUCUUAUGAAGACAGACGGCUACGCUGACCUUCCUGAAGACGAAAGAUUUGGCUACUCUGCGCAAGACGCCCUUUCCCGCCCGAAGAUUGUCAACCAUGCCAUCGCAGGCACCAUCAAGCGCGGCGCCAACCCCGCCGAGGAUGAUGAACUUGCCGCCAUUCUCCAAAACAGCACCAAGGAUCGCGCCGAACACGUCAUGCUUGUUGAUUUGGCCCGCAACGACGUCAACCGCGUUUGCCACCCCUCUACUGUCAAGGUUGACCGCCUCAUGCGCAUUGACCGUUUCUCUCAUGUUCAGCAUCUGACGUCAGAGGUAUCGGGACUGCUGAGACCAGAAUGCACACGCUGGGAUGCCAUGCGCAGCAUCUUCCCCGCUGGCACUGUCUCUGGCGCUCCCAAGAUCAAGGCUAUGGAGCUGAUCUACGACUUGGAGAAGGAGAAGAGAGGCAUUUACGCCGGCGCUACCGGAUGGUUCGCCUACGAUGUAGUCCGUUCCCUGGGAGAGGGCAAGGGGUUUAAACUGGAUGAGGGGCAGAUGGAUACUUGCAUUGCCAUCCGUACCAUGCUUGUCAAGAAGGGUGUCGCCUACCUCCAGGCCGGUGGCGGUAUUGUCUUUGACAGCGAAAAGACCGAGGAGUGGAUGGAAACCAUGAACAAGCUGGCGGCCAACCUCAGGUGUAUCGAGCAGGCUGAGAAGUACUAUGGUGAUGGAGCCGGCACGAAGUCGGUUCAGGACAUCAUCGACGACGAGAGGAGAAAGGGAGAUGAAUAUUACUCCAGCCUUCAAACCACCAGCGCUGGGGCUUAAGUAUUAAACAGUCUAAAGAGGUAGACAAGAAUGAUCACGAUACUGCCUUCUCAGCUGUAACAUCAGGACCUCGCUACUUGUUACUCAUAAAACGUGACACAACCUCCCCGCCACAGAAAAUACUUGGCAUCACUUUCGCAGACUUGCUUUAGUUUGAACCCCCCGUUUUGCACGCCUGAUCAUCCUGCCGAUAGGAAAGCAACUCCAUCCCCUCGCUCUCAUCCAAGCCGUAAAGUGUUUCUGUGUCGUCGUCACACACGGGCCCCUCCUCCCCGUCUUCCGCCAACUCCCGAGUGCCUCUCUGCUCCUCCUCAUCAUGUGCAUUUCUUGUUCGGCCCCGAGAUUUGUUCCAAUCGAUCCCCACACACGUCUGACCCUCGCCGAAGCAAUUUCUGGCGAUGGAUGCAGCGCCCAUGAAAAACAGAAAAAGAAACAACAGGACAGGCCAGAGUAAGAUUUGGACGAUGGCGACGAGCCAGGUUAGACACCAGAGGCAACCGUCUUUUUUGAGGAGGGGGAACGACGAGAUGAUUUGGCGGUGGGCGGUGGGGAGGGCGAAGAGGAGGAAGAAGGUGAGGGUGUAGUAGAGGAAGGUGAGGAUUGAGAGCCAGGGGAUGGUAUUAGUGGUGGUGAUGUGGUAGUGGUGGGUGGGUUGCAUUUUGUUGUACCGUAUGGAGAGGUGGUUAUGUAGAGAAGGAUGGUGAGGUUGGGGAGGGGGGAGGGGGGAGGUUGGAUGUAUAGUUUUGUUUGGUGAACUAGCCAAGAGGAUCGUCCUGAGGAUUCGGUGAACACGCGCCGGAGAGAGCGAUGAAUACGAAUGGGAGGUACCAAGCUGGAUGCAGUGUCGAUCAGAGCAACACAGCCAGGUUGCGCCGUAAUUGUUAUGCGAGUUCUUUCUUGGCUCAGUCCGACAUGUUUCAGUGCUGGUAGGUAGGCUAGGUGGAUGAAGAGGGCGAAUAGGGUGAAGAAUGCGUGAACUCAAGAUCACAGACUGCCUGGGUAUCUUCUCCAUUGAAACCAUAGAGUGUUUCUGCAUCAUCGUCAGGCACCGCCCCCGCCCCGUCAUCUAGCAGAUGGCUCCUCUGCUCCUCUUCAUCAUAUGGAUCCCGCUUUUUUCGUUUCAAAUAUCCGCUCAGGUCAAAUCCCAUGCAAGUCUGUCCCUCGGCAAAGCAAUAGUUCAUGAUCGUUUCCCACUUGGUGCUCAAUAGAAGGACAGUCAAAUACACCGGCCACAGGUACAACACAAGGACGGUCAUUGGCCAGGAGAGAAGCCAAAGGCAGCCGUCUUUCUCGAUGAAGGGGAGCCACUUGAUGAUUUGUUUCUGGGCAGUGGGAACCCCAAUAGCGAAGAAUGGGACGGUGGUUAUGAAUGAGUAGGAGAUUGUAAUGAGCAAAAACCAGGGAGGGCCGUCAAGCAUUGUGGUUGUUGAUUGAGUAGGGGUAGUUGUUAAAUGGUAUUGUAUUCCAAAACGUGUUGGGGUUAGGAGAUGAGGUUGGGGAAGCAAUUGGGCUGUAUU